CUUUGGAUUUUUUUCUCUCUGUUGGUAAAAUAGGAUUAGAAUUGAUCCUGAUUCUGCUCCUUAAAUUUAUCGCUUUUCCUACAAACUUGUCUGGAAAUCUCAAAACGUAUUUUGGAUUAUUAUUAUUAUAUUCACAGUGCAGACAUAUAAUGUUUCAAUUAGAAGUACUUAAAUUGUGGUAUUGUUUUAAAAAUGGCAGAGUUGCAGAUAAGGAUACCAGCAUUUUGACAAGAUUUGAUAUCUACAGGAAAGUUCCAAAAGACCUUACACAGCCCACUUAUACAGGAGCUUUCAUUUCCAUUUGCUGCUGCAUAUUCAUGCUGUUCCUUUUCUUGUCAGAACUGACUGGAUUCAUUGCCACUGAAAUAGUGAAUGAAUUGUACGUGGACGAUCCUGACAAAGAUAGUGGAGGAAAAAUUGAAGUAAAUCUAAAUAUAAGCUUACCUAAUCUUCCGUGUGAUGUUGUUGGACUGGACAUCCAGGAUGAAAUGGGAAGACAUGAAGUUGGCCAUAUUGAUAAUUCCAUGAAAUUACCUCUAAAUAAUGGCCAAGGCUGCAGAUUUGAAGGACAGUUUAGCAUUAAUAAGGUACCAGGAAACUUCCAUGUAUCCACACACAGUGCUACAGCACAACCAGAUAAUCCAGAUAUGACUCAUGUAAUUAACAAAUUGACAUUUGGAGAAAUAAUAGAGGUUAAAAAUGUUCAAGGUGCUUUUAACGCUCUCGGUGGGUCAAGUAAACUUGCCUCAAAUCCUCUGGCAUCACAUGACUAUGUACUGAAGAUAGUCCCGACUGUUUAUGAAGAUUUAGAGGAAAGGCAGCGUUUUUCCUAUCAGUAUACAGUGGCACAAAAGGAAUAUGUUGCAUACAGCCACACAGGGCGUAUUAUCCCUGCCAUCUGGUUCCGAUAUGACCUCAGCCCAAUCACUGUAAAAUAUGUUGAACGGAAACAACCGUUAUACAGGUUUAUUACAACAAUUUGUGCAAUCAUUGGAGGAACAUUUACAGUUGCCGGGAUCAUAGACUCCUGCAUUUUUACAGCAUCUGAAGCUUGGAAGAAGAUUCAGUUGGGCAAAAUGCACUAACAGGAACAUAUAAAGUCGCCGAGCCAGCCUGGUUUGCCAGUAACUGGUUUAAAUUCUCUUGCAUCUUUUUUUCUAUUUAUGUCAGGCCAUCAUCCAAGUUAGCUAGAUCUUGGGCAAUUUGUUUUUUUUACAUCUGCAUUAUUGCAAAUAGAAAACUGUCAAAAAUGAAGUUUGCAUAUCGAAAAUGAAAAUGUUCUUGAAUGGAAAAAUAUUAUUCUGCACUUCUCUCUUUGCUGGUAGUAAGUUAUAUUUGGAAAUAAAUCAGGACAAUGGUUGAAGAAAGACUGGGAAGGAUUUGAGAAAGACAAAUUUACUAAUUUUAGCUUUAGUCACGGAUGUAGCACUGGACAAUGAACCACCUGUUUCUUUCACAUUUUUAUGCCUCUUUGAUGAAAGUUGAGGGUAAUCAGAUUUUUUUCUAGUUUCUUUUAACAAAGAUCAACGUACUACUUAAUCAUUAGUUGACUCUGUCUUUAGAUUUCUGAUGAUCUCAACCAGAGAAAGUAGUAUUGUCAUGCAAAUGAUGGGUUAUAAUUUCAUGAAUUAUUUGAUUUUUAAUAAAAUGUGUGAAAAUGCCA